UUCUACUAAAACUCCCUUAAAGGUUAAAUUCCUCUUGGGUUUUUUUCUCUCUCUAUCCCGCGCCCUAAAGGCUAAAUCGCUCUUGGUUUUUUUCUCUCCAUCUAUUGUUCCCUCCAGGCAGUAAUCUCAAAAACUUAACCAAAUUUGGUUUUUAUCAUCUAUAUCCCCUGGGGCAGCAAAUUGGGAUUUGAAGAAAAACAGCAAUGGCUUCUCAUCGAUCUUUGAUCAAUGUUUACAAGAAUGCCAUCAAUGUCUCCCAAGUCCGUUCGAUCUUUACAACCUCACACCUUGAGAUGUCUUUUGCUGAUAAGAUCAGAAGAGCAAUGGCUAAAGAUCCUAUCAACACGCAAGCAAAUCCACAUUCUUUCACCCUACUUAGAUUUGCUGAUGAGAUAAUGAGUGCUAGAAAAGCAUUGCAAUGUAAGCAAUUUGAAGUUGGGAGAAUUAGUGAUGAGACGCUUGCAGAUUCAUUAAAGCAAGAAUCAUUAAUUCGAGUUCUUGGAUGUUUCGAUAAUACUGGAGAGAAUGUAAAAGCAAGUCAGAAGAAAGAGGCAGCAAAAGAGUGUAAUUGCACAUUGGGAGAAGUAGAGAAUGUGUUGGGGAGGUUUAGGUGGAUUAAGGAAGCACGAAAGAAGAUGGAUAGGUUAAAGGCAGAAGGGAAACCAGUGCCACAGAACAUGAUCGAGAUUCAAAAGUUGAUGGGCUCGACAGCAAUGGAUUUUGCUAGGUCUAAUUAGGCAAUGAGUGGUUGUUAAACAGGAUACAGAAGUAUAAAACAUGAAAGUCAUCGCAUUGAAUAUGAACGGACCAGAAGAGCUGGAGUGUUUAGCUAUGCUGGGUGCAGUUACCUGGGAAAAUUCUCUGGAUAUAGUUCAAUAAUCCUAGAGACUGACUACCAGUGUUUGGUGUGUGCAGUGAAUGGCCAAAGCUCAUACCUUCCCUGGCAGUUUAGAGGAAUAGUAAGACCUUUUUAGCAUUAUUUAGUACUUGUUAUAGUUGGUUUUGUAAGCGUCAAAAUAGAUUAGCCCAUAGCUAAACAUGCUAGGCGCAGAGGGGUUUCUGAGUUCGUUAGUCUCCCAAUUUUGUUUUAUUCUCAAGUUUAAUUAUGCGUUCCACUUGAUCAUCAAUGAAUUUUUCAUUUUGCAAAGAAAAGAAUAUGGAAGAGGAAUGUUCUUCUUUAAACACCGGUGUGAAUUAGAACUCUUGUACACUGAGGUUUGAGGAUCACCCCCUGUUUUCAUGCUCAUUAAUUAUCCAUGUUAAAAACUUGUUGGUUCA